CUCCCUGUCUGGGAACUUUUCCUUCUGCGCGGAGGAGGGGCUGGGCUCGUCCCGCGACCUGGAGGGCUUCCCUCUCCUCGAGUGGGCAGGCGUUGGCGGCGGAGGCUGCAGCGGGCGGAGCCUCCUUCUUCUCCUGCCGCGGACUCCCUCGCCUUCUCGGACUUCUUGCUCGCAGCCGAGGCGCGGCGCAGCGCCGUCUUAGCGCUAGGUUCUCCCCGUCCGUCCGUCUCUCUCCUCCCUCUCUCCGCCACGGCCUCCUGCCCAGAUGAGGCUCCGUCCCUUAGCGCUGAAGACCCGCCGGAGCGACGGGAGGGCCGAAGAGUGAGGCAGCAAGGAACCGCUGCCGCCGGGAAGCACAGGCUGCUGGGAGCCCCAGGCGGGAAAGCCCCGGCGCUGCAGCGCAAGCGGCUCCAGCCACGCUGGAGGUCAGCAAAAGAGCAGCAGCCCGCCGGGCGCGAUUUGACAGUCAUGAAACGGAUCAUAUGUGCCAUUCUCUUGGGUGCGGGAGUGAUGUAUGUUAUACUACACCGAAACCUGCGACGGACAAAUGACUAUUGGUUGUCCCCUACAGAUGGAGGAGACAGAAAAGGACAAAUAAUAGGUUGCCCUUACAAACCUGGCAUUUCAUCUUUAAUAAAGGGGAAAAAAUUCUAUCCUUUUCUGUGCACUGACAAUUAUGUAAAAGUGUCUGGGGACCAUGGAAGUGACAGGAUCGAACUACCUUAUGGAAUAAAAGGAGCAGAAAGGUAUUUUCAUAUGGCACUUUCAAGACUACAAAACUGCAGAGUAUUCACUGAAGAUGAUAGCAACCCAUCCUGUAAAAAAUGUGUUGUUGUUGGCAAUGGAGGGGUGCUUCGAAACAAGAGUCUGGGGGAGACAAUUGAUUCUUAUGAUGUUGUAAUCAGAAUGAAUAAUGGACCUGUUGUAGGCUAUGAAGAAGACGUCGGAAGAAAGACAACAUUCAGGCUCUUUUAUCCAGAGUCUAGUUUUUCAGAUCCAAUUCACUAUGACCCUAACACAACUGCGGUUCUUGUUGUCUUCAAGACCCAUGACUUAAAAUGGCUUUGGGAUCUGCUAAGUGGCCAGCGUUUAAUAAGAACAAAUGCCUUCUGGAAAAAACCAGCAACACAAAUGAUAUAUAAACCCAACCAAAUCAGAAUCCUUGAUCCCGCCAUUACCAGGAAAACAGCCUAUGAACUGCUCCACUUGCCCACAAAGUUCUCCAAACAUGUGAAACCCAAGCAUCCCACCACAGGGUUAAUUGCCAUUGCUUUUGCAUUUCAUAUAUGCAGUGAAGUUCACCUGGCAGGCUUCAGGUACAACUUUGAGGACCGAAACAGUUCUUUGCACUACUAUGGUCAUGACACCAUGUCCCUGAUGAUCCAGAAUGAAUACCAUGAUAUUUCUGCAGAACAAAGGUUUCUGAAGGAACUUGUGGACCGCAGCAUUGUGGUCAAUCUCACAGAAGAAUAAAUAUGGAAGAAUAAUCACUAUUCACCACAAGACUGAUCUGGGGUGGGACGGGGACUCAUUUUUUAUUUGGAUUCUUAUUUUUUAAUAAGAUAUCUGCCAAGUUAUUUAAGAAGACACGUUGUGCAUAACCCCCAAGUGUUGAAAACGCUGAAGGAUGCCUUUGCCUUGUUGAUACUUGACCAGCAAGCAGCCAUCAGAGUUAACUGACAUAUGUGGAUUUAUUUAAUAAUGGAAGAAACGCAACCUUCCGCGAAUAGUGUUGGAGAUCUAUAAAAAUGAUAGAACAUGGAGUGGUUUCUUU